UUUCUAGACAGAGAAAGAGAGAUUGGGAUUGAUUUUACAGCGAAGCCUCUGAUUUUUUUUUUUGGGUGGGUUUUUUCUUUUUGUUGACUACAACCCCCGAUUGAAUACAAUACUGGCUGUGCAUUAUUCUAUUUGCAUAUGCGAAGUAUAAUAAACGACGUAUUGGUUUGGUCAUUGGUGGGUUUUUUCUGUGAAUUACAAGUUUGAUUAUUUGAUGUGAGAGUCGUGCAGUUUUGUGUUGAGAGCAACGUGUUGUUGAUGGCUUGUUUUAUUGGCCUUCACUGCCGUUGGAUUUCAGUCAGACAAAUUCGCAUACACAGUUUGUGCGUACUUUCAAUUGUUAAAGCUCGUGUCUUUGAAUUGGGUCUUUGAUUACUAGGUGUUCGAAAGCAUUGGAAAUCACAUUUAUACUCUCGUGUUGUUUUUGGUUUACUGUGUUUUGUUGAAUUCCACACAACCCUGCUGCCAGAGCUAGAUAGUUGGAAUUUUGCCAUAGCCGCGAUUUAUGAUAUCUGGGUCAUUACUCAUUAGGAUUCUAUCAGGUUAAGGAGAUGAAAGAAAAGUCUUGCAGUCCAGGGAAUUGCUUUGUGUUGAACACAGGAGCCAAGAUCCCUGCCAUUGGGCUGGGAACAUGGCAGAGUGGCGGUGACCUUUGUGUUGAAGCUGUUAGGACGGCCUUGUCUGUCGGCUAUCGUCACAUAGAUUGUGCACAUCUUUAUGGGAAUGAGAUUGAAGUUGGGGAAGCACUGGCUGAAGCAUUUCAAAGUUCAUUGAAGAGGGAGGAUGCUUUCUUGACUUCUAAGCUGUAUUGUACCAUGAAUUCACUCAAUAAGAUUGAGAAUUAUGUUAGAGUUUCCCUUAAGAAUCUUGGAGUCACAUACCUUGAUCUAUAUUUGAUGCAUUGGCCUGAGAUCUCUGCAUUUGGGGAUGCAACUGACCCUCCUUCAAAGUCAGGGCGUGAGUAUAGACAAUUUCUUAGUCGUUUGAAGAAAGCAUGGAAAGCUAUGGAAGGUCUAAUUGAUUCAGGUUUGGUUAAAGCAAUUGGUGUUAGCAAUUUCAGUGUUCAACAGUUGAAAGAAUUGCUUAAAUUUGCAAAAAUUGUACCAGCUGUCAAUCAGGUUGAGUUACAUCCCUUUUGGAGGCAGGAUGAACUAGUAAAGUUCUGUCAAAUGAAAGGUAUUCAUGUAUCUGCGCACACACCUUUAGGAGUACCUACUUCAAGUCCUGGACCAUCUGAUAGUGGAUCUGGGGAAGAUGAACCUGGAACUCCUUGCAUAUCAUUUAGAAGAUCAAGAUCGGUACAUGGACCAAUGCUGAAAUUGUCCAUUGUUUCAGAGAUAGCGGACAUACACAAAAAGACGCCUGAACAGGUUAUACUACGGUGGGGACUGCACAGAGGAACUAGUGUCUUGCCUUGUAGCUUGAAGCCUGAUCGAAUAAGGAAAAACAUCGACAUCUUCAGUUGGUCUCUAUCAGACGAUGAGUGUAAUCGCUUGAACCAGAUCGAGCCUCAAGUAUGUUUAUUCGGAAAUGGUCCUCCUAAUAAUCUCUCUGAAAGUGGUUUCAUAUUAGGAAGUGGUCCCCUUCAAUCCGUCCGUGAGAUGGAAGAUGAUGUGGAGUCCAAUGCCUUAUUGUGAUCAAGCUUGUCAUCAUAAUAUAUUGUAUGUGAUUUCUCCAUUAAUGGUUUGUGAGGUUUUGAUUUUGUGGAUGCUGAUAGAAAAUUGAAAGUGGUAUACCACUGAUCAAAGUGGCAAAUCUUUAUCUGUAACCAAGGUUUAGCUUAUUUUAGUUUCUUCUAUGGAGGAUCUUUUGCUUUGCACA